AGAAAAUUAUAACUUGCUGUGUGGCGUGUUCCCUAACUUGGUCCUAGUGGCAAGCUCGAGUAUGAGUUUCUUCUCCGACCUGCGAUUAGAUGAUCUUUCAGCACGAUUAGGUCACGAUGGACUUAAAUCACUUGUUGCACAAAUAUCAGGCAUGGUGAAGUCUCGUGUGGAAGUCCUCCAUCGCAACCUUGGUCCAUCCAGUAUAUGGAACCAAUCUGGUGAUGUUCCGAGAUUAUCGCCUCAAAGAGCACGCCAUCUGAUCAAUAGUAUGCCACUACCUAUCCAAAAUUCUACGCCGGUACUGAACCUGAAAUCAAAAUUAGUUUAUUUCGAAAAUAUCCACCCGUUGUAUCCAUUCCUGGACCGUGACGAAUUCGAGGCCAGAGCGUUUGCCCCGACCUCGGAGGCUGGUCAUGCCAAUGAACUGGCGUGGACAGCUUUAUAUCAUACUGUAUUAGCUUUAGGCUGCGAAUUUGACGAUGGAGGCUCAUUCACACCUGGCGAGGGUGAAGCCUGGAGUCUUUUCAAGGUGGCACUUGAUCUUUACCCGAGAAUCUUGUUGCUAAACACAGAGCUUCUUGAGGUUCAGGCUCUCUUCUGUCUCAAUUUAUCCGGCACGCAGAUCCAAGGAAAAAUAAUAUCCGAGGCGGCGCGGGUUGCGCAACGAGCAUUUUUACAUAAAUUGUCUGCCAGCAGCGACGCUGCAGCCCGUAGCCGAGUCUUCUGGGUGGUAUACUACAUUGAGAAAACCGUGACUUUUCAUCACGGUACUACCUCGUUUAUCGUAGAUUGUGACAUUGGGUCACCCGUACCCACUAUCCAAGAGUCAGUUUUAGGCGAUUUUGACUGGUUUCUUACUGCAAUACGGUUUGCAAGACUCUAUUCGCGCAUAUUUACCGACUUGUUCUCCAUAAGUGCAACUAACAAGUCAACGGCUGCAUAUCUCGUUAAUAUUGACGAACUAGAAAGGCUUCUGGAGCAGCAAAGACAAGCGAUUCCUCGUCAGUUUCAACCUGGCACGAAGUUAAGACCACAAGCCUUCUCCCAUCCAUGUGGAAUGCUCGCAGCUCUUCGAGUCCACUACCACUAUCACGAGCUCAAAAUCGCUCUUCACCGUCUGAAGCUUCAUGUUACUCGCGAUCAUACUACAUCUCAAUCUCAGUCGACCAUCAUUAAUAUGAUGAACUCAGCACGUGCUGUGAUUGAUGCCACACGAGCCAUUUACCAAGAACCAUCGACCCCUUUUUUUCUUAUUGUCUACAUGCCUAUGACGGCACUGUUUAUCUUGUUCGACUUUAUUAUUCAUAAUCCGGCUCAUGUGGAUGCUGGCAGCAGUCUUGUCUUACUUGAAAGUGUCACGGGCUAUUUUAGCGCUCUUGAGUACGCUACCGGCGGGUAUUUACCAGGCUCUAUGCUAAUACAAUUUGCGUCCAUCGCGCGCACGUUUCACUCUUCUCUGCCAGCUGCUCACGCCAACAAUAUCAGCAACGACGUCAGUGACAUGGAUACAGCCGUUGAACAAUCCGUAUCUGAAACUUAUGGCACAAGUUCAUUUGCACAUAGCCAGAGUCCCUCGAAGGUUGCCUCUCACUCGAUGACCAAUGAUAUAUCCCAGAACCCUUCAUACUUAUUCCAUAAUAGCUCUAUGUUUGGAGAUGGCAGGCUCACCCCCGGUCUGGAGAUUAUGGAUCUCUUUGGAGGUCCCGUGCUUGGCAUUGAUUUCUUCCCAACUUCAGAUUGA